AUGGGAAGCUCUCGUGGAAGGGGUAGACCGCCGAAGAAGGUGACUCAAUCGACGGGAACGAAGCAUGGAGAAGGCUCAACUACGCCGGUAUCAACCACGCCGGUGAAUGCAGUAAUGCCGGAGGAACAAGGGACGGUGAUUACUGAAUCGAUUCUUGAUAAGAAAGGGACGGAUAGUGAUGGAAAAGGUGGAAACAAAGCUGAACCUAGGGUGGAUGAACAGACGAAGCCUAUUGGGGAUCAGAGCAAGCUUUGGGUUGAUGUUAUCAGUGGUAAUAGGCAAACAACAAAUGGAAAGCAACUUCAAUUUGUUGCUCCAAAGAUCAAGGAGGGGAUUGUUGAAGUUGAAAUUGAAGAAAAAGAUGUGGAAGCGGAAAUUAGGUUUUGGGAGAACUCGUUGAUCAUGUAUGUGAUUGGAACCAAUUUGAGUAUGAAUGCGAUGAAGAAUUACAUGAGUCGUAUGUGGAACUUUGUUGCGCUGCCUGACAUGUACUACAAUGAUGAAGGCUACUUCAUACUCAAAUUCAAGAAUGGUGAUGAUAGAGAUGAAGUUCUGAUGAAAGGUCCAUACACUUUUCAGAACAAACCUAUGAUUCUUUUGGAAUGGAGGCAUGAUUUUACUAUGGCAAAGGAUAUGCUCAGAUCGAUCCCAAUUUGGAUUAAACUACUAGGUCUUCCGCUACCUAUGUGGGGUGCUCAAAGUUUAGGGAAGAUUGGAAGUGUUGUGGGAAUACCCUUGUUCACGGACGAGUGCACAGCAGGGAAACUUCGUGUGAGCUAUGCUAGGAUUCUGGUGGAAGUGGAUGUCAUGCAGCAAUUGUGUGAAGAAAUUUCCAUCAGAGAUCAUGAAGGGAGAAUAAGAAAACAGAAGGCUAAGACAACAAAGGUUGGUGAGGUGAAUGAAGCUAGUAACUCUGUGAAUGGUGAUAAGGGAGUAGAGAAGGAAGAUAGAAUUCAGGAAGAACAAGAGAUAAUGGACAAAGGUACAUGGACAGAGGGACAUACCCUUGGGGGUGACAUGAUUGUGUCCUGUAACGUUAGGGGGCUGAAUAAAGGGAUCAGAAAUCGAGAGAUUAGCUCCCGUCUCUCUAAACUGAGUCCUGAGAUUGCUAUUCUAGUAGAAACAAGAGUCAAGCAAGACAAAGCUAUGAACAUUAGGAAGAAGUUAGGAGGCCAGUGGAAUUAUCUUGAUAACUACAAUAAGCAUGCUAAUGGUAGGGUGUGGAUUAUGUGGGAUAAAAAUAAAGUUGACAUCAAGAGUAUCUAUAGUUCUGAGCAGAUGAUACACUGUGGAGUGUAUGACAAAAAUGAUAACUUCCAACACUGGCUUACUGCCAUUUAUGCUGAUAAUAAACUGGACAGAAGAAGGAGUUUAUGGAAGGAUAUAGAGAAGAUUAAUAGCACUCAACAGGGACCUUGGUGCCUCAUGGGUGACUAUAAUAAUGUUCUCCAUACUGAUGAUAGAAUUGGGGGGAAAGAGAUCCAUGAAGGAGAGUUUUGUGACUUGGCUAAUAUGAUGAUUAAGUGUGGUUUAGCUGAUCUGGAUAAGAUAGGAGAUAAGUACACCUGGAGUAACAAGCAUGUUAGUGGCACCAUUUACUCUUGCAUUGACAGGGCCUUAGCCAAUAAGGAGUGGUUCAAUCAAAGGUUGCAUUGGGAUUUGCAUGUGCUGGAGCCCAAUAUUUCUAACCAUGCUAUGUUAUGUCUCAGAAACAGGGAUCAGGAUAGCAAGCAUAAGAGGCUUUUUAAGUUUCUUAACAAGGUGACUGAUGUGCCUGAAUACAGAGAACAUGUGGAGAGGAAUUGGAAUAAGAAAGGUAGGAAUGAUUCACAAGUCAAGCUAUGGGAUAAAUUGUUAAGACUGCAGCCUAUAAUAAAGAAUUUAAGCAAGCCUUUCAGAGGUAUCAACAUGCAGAUUGAGAAAGCCAGGAGGGAUCUGGAAGAUACUCAGAAAUGCAUUGUACAAGACAGAGGGAAUAAAGAGCUGACUAAGGAGGAGAAGAAAAGAACUGAUAGCCUGAUGGAGCUGCUAGCCAUUGAAUAG